UCUCCAUUGACGCGUAUUAUAUAAACAACCAUGGAAUAUCCAUCAUCAUUCCUUGUUAACAACAUCGUCACCGUCGUCAUGCAUCGCUUUAGAUCUCUCCGCUGUCUUCAUCAAUUCAAAAAUCUUCCCGCCAAAAAUAGAUCUACUCUGGACAGACAUGUCCCCAUAACCAAAACGAGACGCAUUCCCGUUGCCGACAACGUAAUCACUCCUCAAAUUCCUAGCGAUUCUGAAACCCGUGAGUUCAACAUCAGGAUCGGCAGACUGGGCUGCCAUGGCAGAGUAGAAGAAGCACGGAACCUUUUUAACGAAAUGCCUCGGCGAGACGCCGUCUCCUACGCCACUAUGAUCACCACCUACCUCAAAAACAAUAACCUCGAGAAGGCGGAGAGCCUCUUUUAUGCGAUGUCUGGAAGCAACAUUGUUGCUGAAUCAGCGAUGAUAAGUGGGUAUAUACAUGCGGGCCGAUUGAGAGAUGCCCGGAAGGUGUUCGAUGAGAUGCGUGAGAGGAAUGUUUACUCGUGGACGAGUAUGGUUUCGGGGUAUUUCAGGAGCAGCAAUGCCGACGAGGCUCGUCGGCUGUUUGACCAAAUGCCAGUCAAGAACGAUGUCUCGUGGACUACUGUGAUUGUGGGUUACGCUAGAAAUGGUCUGAUCGAUCAGGCUCGUGAGGUUUUUGAUGCCAUGCCUGAGAAGAACGUCAUUGCUUGGACAGCAAUCAUCAAGUCUUACAUCGAGUGUGACCAUUUAAAUGAAGCCGAGAAGCUUUUCAAAAAGAUGCCACAAAAGAACCUAUACACUUGGAAUAUUAUGAUCGCGGGGUUGAUGCAGGAUGCACGUAGAGUGGAUGAAGCCACUCAUCUGUUCAAUUCAGUGCCUCAGAAAAAUGAAGUUUCUUGGACAACAAUGGUGACCGGUCUUGCUCGAAAUGGAAUGACUGAACGCGCGAGAGAUUACUUUGAUCAAAUGCCUAACAAAGACAUUGCGGCUUAUAAUGCAAUGAUCACAAGGUACAUUGAUCAGGGCCUCGUAAUGGAAGCAAAGGAACUCUUCAAUUCGAUGCCGGAGAGAAAUCUUGUUACUUGGAAUGCGAUGCUUGAUGGGCUCGGUAGAAGUGGGCCUACAGGUGAAGCACUGGAGCUCUUGAACACCAUGCUCUACUUGGGUUUUGUGCUGAAUGAGACUACUCUAACUAGUGCGCUGACCUCUUGCAGAGGUUUGCCCGAAGUCAUGCAAGUUCACGCAAUGGUAAUACCUAGAGGUUUUGAUCAAGAUGUUUCACUCACUAAUGCUCUCAUCGCGAAGUAUUCUCAUAGUGGGGACCUCCAAUCUGCUAGGGUGGCCUUUGAGGAUCUAAAGGCUAGGGAUGUUGUUUCUUGGACAUCAAUGAUUCUAGCAUACUCGAACCAUGGAUGUGGUCUGCACGCGUUGCAAGCCUUUGCCCGAAUGCUUAGGGCAGGAGAGAACCCGGACAGGAUUACCUUUGUGGGGAUUCUCUCUGCGUGCAGCCAUGCAGGAUUGGUUAGGAAGGGCAGAAUGCUCUUUGAUUCGAUGAAAAUUGCCUAUGGUUUAGAACCAACAGCAGAGCACUACUCCUGUCUUGUGGACAUUCUUGGACGAGCUGGAAAGGUAGACGAGGCUAUAAAGGUUGUUAGUCAAAUGCCUUGGUCUCAGAGAGAUGAAGCAGUCUUAGGGGCACUUCUGGGUGCUUGUAGGUUACAUGGAGAUGGAGAUGAUAGGGUGGUGAAUUACAUAGGUGAGUCACUGAUAGAGAUGGAGCCAAGUAUGGCAGGGAGUUACGUGUUACUGGGAAAUGUGUACGCAGCAAGUGGUAAGUGGGAUGAAUUGGCACGAGUGCGGAAGAAGAUGAAGGAGAGGAAUGUAAAGAAGGUCCCUGGAUUUAGUCAGAUUGAAGUGAAGUGUGAGAAUUCCGUCUUCUAUGCAGGAGACCAGGCACAUCCCGAUAUGGAGGAGAUUUACAGGAUGCUAAGGGAGAGGCUUGUCCCUGUAAUGUGUCAUAGGGGAUGAUCAUGAAAGAACCUCAUUGGUGUAGAUGAAUUUUAUGAAUAUGCAAAUUUGAAGACAUGCGCUUGAGGUAUUAAGGAUUCAAGACAGACAGGAAUCUGUCGUUCCAGAAAUCAAAGAUUGAAACUCGUCCGUUCUUUGAACAUGUCUAUAGUGUAAGUUUCGCAAACUUCUUAUUCUGAAGCUCGUCGAUGCAGUCUAUCUUUCUAUCUGUCUAGCUACCUAGCUACCUAUCUUCUAUCUAUCUAUAUAUCUAUAUAUCUAUUU